AUGCCAACGUUCUUUGCGACUUUCACUUCUGUCUGGAGUGCCCUGCCAACCUCCCUCACUUGCAAGUUGGGGCGGAAACUGUCCGCCUACGAGAUCAUAAGAAAAAAAGCAACCCCCAUCAUUGGUCGUCAUAUCGAUCCAUGCUUGCUUCCGCUACUACAAGAGUCACCUGCGACCUUUCACGUGGCCGAGAAACUGCUCCGCAGGAGGUAUCCAGAUCUGAGACUUGUCGGGCUUGAAUGUACCGAGAAUACGGAUAGACAACCUGGCAAGUACGUGCUCUCUAUUACGCCCGCCCACAGUCCAUCAUCAUGCUACCGAGAAUGGACUUCCAGUAACCGAGAUUCACCCAGGAAUGGAUGGGACUCUUAA